UUAAUAUUUCACAACCAAGAUGUUUGAGCUCAAGAACUUACAAAUUCAUAGAAUUGACAAGUCAAUGAAGAUGCUGAGAGUUGUCAUGCUGAUCCAUUUAGCCAAUCUUUCUAUAAGAAUAAUAAGCACACUAGCUUUGGACUUUAUCUGGAUCGAAAAAGAAACAAAGACCAUGAAUCUUAAAGUAGAUGAAUUUUGCCAUAAGUUAUCACCGGACAACUAUGUCGCAAAGAGCAUUGGGACAUUUCUGUUCCAGUCAUCAAGCUUCAAUUUGUGGAUCAUUUCGAUGAUUCUGUACAUCAUUGGGUUGUUAAUUCUGCUAUUUCACUUUUUACCCAAGAAGGCUAUUCUCUCAAAGCUAAUUCGACAGAUACAGAGGAUUGAUCAGCAGACAGUUACAGAGAAGAUGAAUUUUGUGAAGAGAGUUGGCUACUUUAUGAUUCUUGGCAACAUCAUAACCAUCCUGUCAAGAGAGUGGAUUUACUCUUUGGCCAAUCUCUCCACUGUCCGGAUGUCAGAAGUCUUCCUUUACAACGUCAUGAUCAGCAUAUUCGUAAUUAAGGAGACCAGACUGUGCAUUCUGUUGAACUCUUUAGAGAUUUUCCUGCUGAAUUUCAUGAACUUUUAUGUGGUUGAGAGUCACCAGAAGUACAGAGUGCUGUUUAACUCAAUGACAAGCUUGAUUAUCUCUUCAACACUGAUGUUUUACUCCCUCAGAGAUUACAAAGAUAGCUUCGAGACUAAGAAAAGUUUCCAAGAUCAUGUGAGCAUAAUGCGAAGGAUCCUUGAACUUUUCCCUUCAGGUCUCAUGUUCUUUGAGAAGCAAAAAUGCAUCUAUAAGAAUAGGUUUUGGUAUGAUUUAGUUAAGAAAUCUUUCACCUCUCCUGAAGAUAUUGGCCGAAUUGUUUACCCCAAAGAUGAACUGGAGGAGAAAUCUGAGAUCUUGCUGGAAAAAAUUCGGUCUAUUGAGGAUGACUCCAACUCCUUGCUUGAUGAAAUAUUCGCAGUAGAGACAAAAAUGAGAUGCUCUAUUACGAAAAAUAAACUUAUGAAAAAGAACGGAUUCAUUUCGUUUAAAACCAACGAGAAUUCUGAUGUCUAUGAAUUUGAGCUAAAGAGUGAGAAUGGACACCAGCUAGCCGAAUUCGCUACUAAAUUCUCAAUUUUUGAAUUUUCAUCCAGAGAUACACUCUUAAUGGUAGUGAUAAAUGACGUAAGUGACCAACUGAAAAUGAAGGAAGCGCGGAUGCACGAACAACUAAAGUCUGUGAUGCUCUGCUCAGUCUCUCAUGAACUCCACUCUCCAAUAAACCAAAUUAAUGGAACUUUGACACUUCUUGAGGAUAAUGUUCCUCAGUCUGGAAUCCCUUUGAUCAAAAUUGCAAAGAGCUCCACUGAAUUACUUAAACUUAAAGUUGAUGAUAUCCUCGAUUUCGGAGAAAUCCAGACUCAACACUUCAAGUUAGAGACUGAGGAUUUCAACCCAAGGAAGUUAGGUAUUGAGCUUGAUGAGAUAUUUUCACCUGUGGUGAAUUCAUCCAAGAUUGAGCUCUACUUUAUCAUCAAUGAGAAGACACCUAUGGUGGUUCACCAUGAUUACAAGAGGAUCAAACAGAUCCUCGCUAACUUCAUGGGUAACUCUGUCAAAUACUGAAAGAGAGGAAUGAUCACUCUCAGGAUUGGCUGGGAACCAAUCAAUGAGCAAAGAGGAUACCUCAAGUUCUCUAUCUCUGAUACAGGGAUAGGAAUUCCCAAGGAGAAGAGAAAGAAUUUGUUCAAUUAUCUUGACCCUCAAAAUAUUAAGAAUUUACUGAAUUCUCAAGACCAUAACACUACAACUCUAGCAGGCACUGGUCUAGGCAUUUCAGCAAAAAUUAUCCAAGAAAUGGGAUCAAAAAUUGAUUACAUCUCCACUGAAGGAGAAGGGUCUAAAUUUUGGUUUAAGAUAUUGACAUACAAGAGUAAUCCAGAUCAGAGAUUAGACUCCGCUUCAUCAAGUUUUGGAAAGCCAAUAGAGUACGAAAGUGAGAUGAACUACCCCAAGCCGCUUCAGAUCGAUGAGCGGAAAGACCAGAUCGACCUAGGUAUGAAUCAGGCAGUCCAAUCACCUUGUUCUGUAGCUAUCGAAACAGGAAAAUUAUACACUACUGAUGAGAUAUUGGACUGUUUCGAUGAAAACCAUUCAGAUGGAGUCAGCCUAAACAACCAGACUUUUACUUAUGAAGACUUUAUGCCAUUUAAUCGAAGUGUUUACAGUGGAGGUGACAGCAAUGUUCAUAGCUGUGGCGACCCUCGCAUGUUGUACAAAGAGCGAGAGAGGCGAUUAUCGACCCUAAACCUGUGUAAGUCUAAGAAGAAUCAGAAGAAACAAAUAAGCUUACGAAAGUCGAAGUCUAAGCUCCAGGAGAAGAAUUUAAGUGGAGACAGCUGAGCCAUCCCUGAAGAAGGAAGUCUUCCUCAUAUCCCUCUGUAUGUCUCUACUAGUUCCAGAAGAAGCAAGGUCAGGCAGGAAUUUAAUGAUAUGUUAGUCGAGAAAAAGAAAUCAAAGUUCUUCAACCUGAACAUAGACAGUUUACAAAAAGACAAUAAGAAAUCGAAAGAAGAAGAGAAAGAGGCCUCACGAAGAAAAAGUCCUGGCCAAGGAGAAGAGACUCCUGAGCAUUUCCCUACUUCCCAGUUCUUCCUCACAAAGCCUAUGACACUGGAGAAUAUUAAUGAGGUUAUGAAAGAGGAUAGGAAUGCUAUUAAGAAUAAGCGGUUUGCUGUUCGGAAGACCCGAAGUUCAAAUAUCAACCCAAUCACUAUCCCAAAUUUACAUCAUUUCCUAUCACCCAAAGACAAAGUGCCUAAUUACUUGAGUCUGAAAGGAAUAGCUUCAGAGAAUGGGGAGUAUAUUUCCCAUAGAUUCCAAAAAGAUUGUGAAUGUCCUUCCAUACUUAUCGUUGAUGACCAAUAUAUAAACAGGUUCAUCAUCAAACAGUUCUGAGAUAGAUACCAUAUCCCAUGGGUUGAGGCUGAGGAUGGGCGAGAGUCCCUCAAUAUGAUUAAGAAGUAUACGAAAAAGCACUGCUGACAAGGCCUCGAGCUGAUUCUCAUGGACCUUAAUAUGCCCAUUAUGGGAGGUAUCGAAGCAGCAGUCGAGAUUACGAAGAUGAGGGAGAACUAUGAAAUUAACCCUUCUAUGAAGCUCAUCGCUGUCACAGCAUUUACAUCCAAAACAGAGGAGAUGAAGUGUAUGUCAGUCGGGUUUGACGAGUUUAUAUCAAAGCCUUUCAAAAUUUCCCAUUUUCUAAGGCUGGUCUCUGAGUAAAUUUUCUAUAAGAGUUUACUAUCUUGCUUCAA